UGCAGGGCGGGGCGGGUCUUUUGGCUCUCCUCCUCGAAGCCCGCGCUGAGGCGGCGCCAUUUUGGCUCUACGGGGGAGGGCCGGCGCGUCACGUGACCCGCGGGGAAGGGGCACGUGACCGGAAGGGGCUGCUGGAAGCGGCGCGAGCGCUGGAGGAGGAGGAGCUGAAGGAGGAGAGCGAUGACGUCAGCAGCUCCUUGAGUGACGUCAUCUGGGGCUUCGUGGAGAGGGGAGAGGAGGUGCAGACGAUGGUCAUUCUCAGUCCGCAAUUGGAGCUUCCGGAGGCCAUGGAGGCUCUGACGUCUCUCCGACGCCGACAGCUCCGGCCGUGCCGCGUCAUCAACGUCACCUCUCGCCCCACACCAGUCCAUUGGGAAUCCCGCACCGACACUAUGACCUUCGUGGGCUUCAAUGAGUCUGUGCUCAGACUGGUGGCUUUGGGCGAUCCGGGUCGUUUAGCGGCGGAAGUAUCGGCGUGUCCGUCUCGUUUCGGAAUAGCUCCUCCCCCUCCGCCUCCCCCCGAACCCCCAAAUCCCACCGGAUCCCUCCCACCCCCUCCGCUCGGCAGGUCGGGUCGGCGCGUGCGCCUCUUCGUCUCGUCGUCGCUGCGGGACAUGGCGGCCGAGCGGGAGGCGCUGGUCAGGGCGGCGCUGCCGCGGCUCCGGGCGAUGGCGGCACCUCGGGGGCUGCGCCUGCAGGAGGUCGAGCUGCGAUGGGGGCUGCGGGCGCCGAGCCUCGAGAGGCGAGUGGAGCUCUGUCUGGAGGAGGUCGAUCGCUCCGACAUCCUGGUGGGAAUUCUGGGCGAGAGAUACGGAACCCUGGCCCCCAGCCCCGCCCCACGGGGACUGCCCGACGGCCGCUCGGUGACGGAACUGGAGCUGCGCACGUUCUUGGGGCGCUGGAAAGAGGGGGAACCCCCAUUGCCCGCCCUCAUCUACAUCCGUGACCCCGAGGUGCUCAGGGAGGUCCCUCCGGCUCUCCUGGAGGAUUUCGUCUGCCGGGAUCCAUCGUCGGCCUCGAAGCUGUCGGCGCUGAAGGAAUAUCUCCGACACCAUCCGGGAGUCGCCGUCCUCAGGAGUUUCCGGUGCCGUUGGGGCGGCUCCGAGACGAUGGAUUUGGGCGAUUUCGUGGAGGAGGUGGUGACGGACGUCUGGAACCUCCUGGAGAGACGAUUCCUGACGGGCCCCCCCCCUUCCCCCCAGGCCUCCUUCUUGGCCGCCCAACGCGGCUCUUUCGUAGCCCGUUCCCGCCUUUUAGUGGCCACCGUGGAGUCCCUCCUGCGCGCCCACCAGCGACGCCUCCUCGUCACCGGCGCCCCCGGCAGCGGCCGCACCGUCUUCAUGGCGGCGCUGGUGGGGUCCUUACAGGCCCCUCCCCCCGCCGGGCCCCGCCCCCCUCGCCGCCGCCGUGCCGCCAUUUUCCACUUAGCCGGAGCUGGGGGCGAACAAAGCGACGUCCGCGUGGCCCUCUCUCACCUCAUCCAACAGCUCCGGAGCCUCCGUGGGGCGGAGCAAAGGGCUCUGCCCCACACUUAUAGGGAGCUGCGGGCUCUCUUCUGGCGCCUUUUGGCCACCCCGGGACGUCGCUUGGUCCUCGUGGUGGACGACGCCGAUGACCUCCAUGAAGGGGGGACCCCUCGGCCCCAUUGGCUGCCCCCCAACCUGCCCCCGCACGUGACCGCAGUGCUCAGCGCUCGCCGCCCCCCCCCCGGGUGGGAGGGGUCCCCGCGGCUGGAGUUGGGGCCCCUCCCCCCCCCCGACCGACGCCUCUUGGUGGAGGCGGAGCUAAAGGGGGCGGGGCGGAGCCUGGGGGGGCAGCAGACCCCUAUAUAA